AUGCGGAGGCGUCCCGACCAGCGCCUCGCCCAUGUCAUCAUCACCUUCUCGGACGCGGACACGGCAAACAGGGCAAUAGUCAAUGGCCUGUCGAUUUGCCACAAGAGAGUCUCGGUAGCGAAGUGCAGGAAGGAGCCUAUUCGAUGCCUCAAAUGCCAGGGAUGGGACCAUAUCGCUGCGGAGUGUGUGGUCACAAAGGAGGUAAAUGUAUGCGGUACUUGCGGGGCAAGGGACCACUGGACCAGCAAGUGCAACCAACAAGGGGUCACUCACUGUACGUCGUGCAAAUCGGACGACCACACCAGCUGGGACCGCGGAUGCCCGACUUUCCUCAGGAAGGUCGACGAACUCAACGCAAGGGACCCAGCAAACGACAUUCCCUUCUUCCCGGCAAGAGAGACAUGGACAUGGUCUCAAUCCUACCCUUCCUAA